GGUCGGCGAGCGGGAAGCGGAGCAGCCGAGCGCCGCUGCCCCAGCCGCGGUGGUUAGCUCGAGCUGGCCGGCCCGGGCGCUGCGGGGCUGCGGCGCUUUUGGCCGCCCUCUGCUACUGGAACUCGCUGCAGGGCGAGUUCGUGCACGACGACGUGUGGGCGAUCGUCAACAAUCCUGACGUGCGACCGGGAGCCUCGCCGCUGGCCGCCUUCUCCAACGACUUCUGGGGCAAAGGCAUGGGCGAGAACACCAGCCACAAGUCUUACCGCCCGCUCUGCAUCCUCACCUUCAGGUUGAACAUACUGUUGGCUGGGAUGAAUCCCUUCUACUUCCAUGCCUUGAAUGUAGUCCUGCAUUGCCUUGUGACGCUUGUGCUGAUGUAUACUUGUGACAAAACUGUUUUCAAGGAUAGUGGCCUGGCUUUUGUCACAGCUCUAUUUUUUGCUGCCCAUCCCAUUCACACUGAGGCCGUAAGAGUUUGGAUCAGCUUUAUGUUGGGGAACAUUUCCCUCCCACUGCCUCCCCGUCCUUUUUGCUGCUUAGUUUAUUUCUUGGGACUUGUGCAAUGCUGGUAAAGGAAACAGGGAUCACCGUAUUUGGCGUCUGCCUGGUGUACGACGGCUUCCUGCUUUCACCAAAUGGAUCCAGAUUAAAAGAUGGAGGGCUACAUGAGAAGAUGGCUCGGCAACCCGCAGUCUCUCUACAAACCCCCUUACAUUUUCCAUCGUCCAGCCGGGAAAAUGGGAAGCAUCGAGUGGCUCACAAGGGGACAUGGAACUCCUGCCAUCCUGCCUCACCCGAAGAACAACAGGGCAAUGGCCAUUCUGUCUUGAGAAAAGCUCCAUGGGCUGUACUUAGUUACCUGACCGCGAGUAAGAAGCAGAAAUUCUUAUAUUCCACAAGACCUUUUCUGAAGAGAGCUGCCUUGGUACUUACCUAUGUGAUCCUACUUAUGUAUUUUCGCCUAUGGAUAAUGGGAGGUUCCAUGCCAGCCUUUUCAGAGCAGGACAAUCCAGCUUCAUUCUCACCAUAUCUUCUUACAAGGUUUCUUACUUAUUCCUACCUCCUGGCCUUCAACGCCUGGCUUCUACUGGCCCCAAUUACGCUGUGCUACGACUGGCAGGUUGGGAGUAUUCCUCUGGUGGAAUCAAUCUGGGAUCUGAGGAAUUUUGCUACCCUGAUCCUGGCCUUCGUAAUGCUUCUCCUUUGUCUACAUUGUUUCAUGGCGUUUAAGAAACUGGAACACAGAGAAGUUCUAGUUGGCCUGUUGUUCCUGAUUUUCCCCUUCAUACCUGCUAGCAACCUCUUCUUCAGGGUGGGAUUUGUUGUGGCAGAACGCAUCCUGUAUAUGCCUAGUAUGGGCUACUGCAUCCUCUUGGUCCAUGGCUUAAACAAGCUUUGCCUGUGGCUAAAUAGAUGGGGGAUCACCGCAAUGUCCUUCUCGGCUUUGCUGCUGCUUCUGUUCUCUUGGAAAACAGUGAAACAGAACGAAAUCUGGUUGUCAAGAGAAUCUCUUUUCAGAUCAGGAGUCCAAACUUUGCCCCAUAAUGCCAAGGUGCACUACAACUACGCCAAUUUUCUGAAAGACCAAGGCCGGGAUAGAGAAGCCAUCUACCACUACAAAACGGCGCUCCAGUUAUAUCCACGUCAUGCAAGUGCCCUGAACAACCUUGGGACGUUGACCAAAGACAUGGUGCAAGCAAAGGAAUACUACAGUAAAGCUCUCCAGCUGAACCCACAGCACAAUAGAGUCCUCUUCAAUCUUGGAAAUCUUCUCAAGAAUCAAGGGAAGAAAGAGGAAGCAGUUCUCCUCCUGAGAAAUUCCAUUCAGUAUGGACCAGAUUUUUCCGAUGCCUAUUCUAGUCUUGCUUCACUCUUGGCUGAACAGGAACAGUUAAAAGAAGCCGAGGAAGUAUAUCAGGCUGGCAUCGAGAAUUGUCCCGAAAGCUCUGAUCUGCAUAAUAACUAUGGGGUCUUUUUAGUCGAUACUGGCUCUCCAGAGACUGCUGUCUCUCACUACCAGAAAGCCAUUGAACUCAGCCCCGGUCAUCAUGUGGCCAUGGUGAAUCUGGGCAGACUCUACCGCUCCUUGGGGCAAAACAAGGAUGCUGAAGUUUGGUACAAGCGGGCGCUUAAAAUAGCACGGAAAGUUGAAAUCCUGUCCCCGCUCGGAGCGCUGUACUAUAACACAGGCCGAUAUGUUGAUGCAUUAAAGGUUUAUAGGGAAGCUGCCUCAUUGCAGCCAUCCAACAAAGAGACUCGGCUGGCUCUGGCUCAGGUUUUAACAAUGAUGGGACAAGCAAAGGAAGCAGAGCAAAUGUUGAGCCACAUUGUGACUGAAGGAGCUGAGUGCCUGGAGUGCUACCGCUUGCUGUCUGCCAUCUACAGCAAGCAAGAGAACUACAACAAGGCACUUGAAGCCAUAGACAAAGCUUUACAAUUGAAACCAAAGGACCCCAAAAUCAUAUCAGAGCUCUUUUUCACCAAAGGAAACCAGCUAAGAGAACAAAACCACCUGGACAAAGCUUUUGAGAGCUAUAAAGUGUCUGUAGACUUCAAUCCAGAGCAAGCACAAGCAUGGAUGAAUAUGGGAGGCAUCGAACAUAUCAAGGGUAACUAUUUCACUGCGCGCCACUACUACGAGAAAGCUUUACAGCUGGUUCCCAACAGCAAACUGCUGAAAGAAAAUUUGGCAAAACUGGAUCGCCUCGAGAGACGGCUGCAGGAAGGGCGGGGAAGAGGGUAGCAGGACUGGCAAGGCAAAUCACCCGCCUCUCGGUGAAUGACUGCAUGUUGUGGAAGCCCCAAGUUUCCCUCAAGACAAAAGCAAACGGAACGGAGUUACGGGGCAGCGGGGACCCCCAAAUAGGAGGAGUCUGCGUAGGGAUCGCAGAAGAGUCGCCAAAGCUUCAGGAGUCCUCCUGGAAGUGUUAUAGGAGAGGUGAAAUCCUAACCUUAAUCCAGAGAGGAUGCUUCAAAAAUGGGCUAAAAUUAAAUGCAUUGCUGGGAUGAUUGUUGGAAGGCAGGCAAGGAGUUGUUUUAACAAAAAUCAGAGGGAGCAUUAUUGCAAGAAAAAUGCUCUUGAAACCUGGUGCCUGGUUAGCCAAGAAUAAAGCUGCAUCAGUCAGUGAGGAAGUGAGAGAAGAGACAGGGACAGCUGUCAAGGAGGGAAAUGCCACUCACCUGAGGCAAAAUCUCGGUAAUAAAUCUUGAAGAAGAAUUGACUGUUAUCUCAAUGAAAGCGAUGUAGCUCAUUCUCCUCUAAACACAGAUCCUGAGAAUGAUUUCGGGGGGGGGGGACACAUUCUAUGAAACAUUUGUGACAAUUUUCAUUCAUGUUAUCAUAGCAUUAAUAGGAAUGGAGAUUUGCCAACAUGAUUAAUGAAAAUGUGAUUAACAAAAAGAGCUUAAAAACAAAAAGAUGAAUGGAUUUGGGAAUAUUAAGGGGUCAGAGUUGUUCAGAAGUGCUGUUUCCCCCAAAAGAUUCUCUUCAUGGUUGCAGUGGAUUCCAUUUGCAAAUAUCUCUGAUCCUAUGCGAUCUCAGAGGAUGAUUUAAGAGGAUCUGCAGUGUUGAUUGUCAGGAAUUGGUAGAAGGCACUGCUGCGUGAAGGAAGCGCCUCAGAAUGCCUUCCAGAACUUCCUUGAAUGAUGCCUUUGAAUCUUGGCUAAGAAGACACCUGAUAUAGCUAUAUCUUGCUGGGUCCAAAGCUUUUGGACUUGCUAAUGUUUUGAGACUUGGGAAAUGAAUAAUUUCUGAGGCAUUUUUUCCCCCUAAUGCAACUUCUAGAAGUUUCGCUUCCUUUUUUUUUCCUCUUCUCAAAUGAGGAAAAAAAAAUCAGGAUUAUUAAAUAUGACAGAAAAGAAGA